AUGUUGAGAUUCUUGAAACGACAAUCUUCAACCAAACAGUUGAAACAGUCUCAAAAUGGAGCCACGACCGGACAACAGACACAUGGAGAGGACCUGGUGGAGGACCACCACCACAACAACCACCUCCAACAUCGUAUUCACACAUUCAAAGUCAUCAUUGGACCUGUCAAUAUGCUCGACCAGCUCAACAUCAACAUUCACUUCAAGGUCAAGACCAUUGUCUUCUCGAUCAAGUACACAUAG